AUGGUAAUAUUAGGUGAUGAAAAAGAAUCAUACACGAGUUAUUGCGAUAAAAAUAAUGAUAUUUUAAUUAGUAAACAAAAAAUUGAAGACUUGAAGAAGAGUAUAGAAAAUUUGUUGAAUGAUAAAAAUGCACAUUAUGAAUUGAACCACAUAAAACGUUCGUUGAAUGAAUUAGAUAUUUAUACAAAAAAUAAAAGUGAUCUUUUUAAUAAUUAUAAUCUAAACGAAAGUUUAAAUGAUAGUUAUAAGGACAAAACGUUUGAAGAAUUAAAGAGUCAAUUGAUAAAACAAAAAAAUUUGAAUUCUUGUUUGUCAUUAAAAUUAAAAAGUAUACACAUAAAAUUGAAUAACCUAUUUCUGAAAAAAAAUGAGUUCGAAAAAACCAUCAAUAAUAAAAUUAAAGAGAUAGAAUUACAAUUUCUUAUAAUUCAAAAUGUAACUCACGAAAAUAAAGGAAUACCCAUAUCGAAAGAACUAAAAGAACAAGAAAAGCACCUACAAAAUUCACAUGAAAAUGUUGCUAUAUAUGAUACACAUGAAAUAGAAAAUAAUGAUAAAAAGAAAUUGUAUACUAAUUUUCAUAAUGAAGAAAAGGAUCAUUUAAAAUGCCUCCUAGAGGAAUAUUCAAAAACUCUUGAAAUUUAUAAGAUGGGGAAAAUACAAUUGGAAUUUGAAUUAAAAUGUUGUAAAGAAAAAUUAAACGAAGAAAUUGAAAAGAAUAAUAACUACAAUAAUAAAAUGAAAAGUUAUGAAAUACAUAUUGAUGUUGUUAAAAAUGAAAAUUGUAAAAACCUAGAAGAAUUAAAUGAUUUAAAAUUACAACUAGAAAAAACUAAAAGUGAAAAUAAUCAGAAUUAUGUAAAAAAUAAAAUCUUAAAUGAUGAAAAAAAUAAUUUAGACAAAAUUAAUAAUGAUCUAAAAAUCAAAAUCAAAAAUUUCAAAACAUUACUAAAUGAUGCACAAAAUAAAGAAUAUAUAUUAAACAAUUUUACUCAAAAAAUAUUUAAUAUUAUAACUUAUUUAAAAAAUAAUGAUGAACAUAACUUUCUAAAUGAUAAAAUACAUAACAAAUUAGAUAUAAAUCAAGAUCAAAUAUAUGUACAAACGGAAUUAUAUAUUGAUAUUAUUUCUUCUUCCAUAAGAAAUCUAAUCAAUUUUAAGAAAACUCUUGAGGAGAGAAAUGUAGAGCUGGAGAAGGUGACACAUGAAAUGAAGGAGCUAAGAAAAGAGUUAAUUUUAAAAAAGAAGAACUAUGAAGAGCUACGAUUAAAACUAAAUCAUCUCGAGUGUGUCGAGAGGGACAGUGUUAAAAUAAACAGCGAGAAAGAGAAGGGGGAAAAGGUGAUAUAUGAGUUGAAGGAAAAGUUAGAUAAUGAUGAGAAGAUAAUAAAUGAUUUAAAGAAAAAGAAUAGUUAUCAGGUAUAUAAGAUGAAAGAUUAUGAGAAGCGAGAGAAUAACUUAAUUAAUGAAAUAAAUAAGUUGAAACUUUUUAUUGAAGAAAAUAAGAUGACAGUGGAGAGAGGAAAUGAGAUGAAUAAUAAGAAAUUAGAAGAAAUGAAGCAAAAAAAUAAAGAGUUAAUAAAUAAUUUGAAUGAUAUAAGUGAUGAAUUGAAGAAUUGUAUAGAGCAGGUAAAUUCUGUUAGUCGAAAUAUGGCUAAUGUCGAAAAAGAAAAGGAAAAUAUAAUAAAUGAAUUACAAAUAUUAAGAAUGAAAAAUGAUACAAUGAGAAAAAGAAUAAGUAAGUUUGUUGAACAAGAAAAGGUAUUAAAAUUUAAAUUGUAUACAUUAAAUAAUGACAUAUUUUCCAAGAAUGAAAAAUUAAAUGAUAUGCAAAAAAAAUUAAAUGAUGUGAAUGAAAAAUAUAAAAAUAUUGUUGAAUGUUUAAAUAAUUAUAAAACGGAACAUAAAGAACAAAUAGAAAAAAAGAUUGAAAGAAUAAAUACAUUAAAACAAAAUUAUUAUUAUUUAAAAAAAGAAUAUGAUUUAAAAAAUAAAGAACUGGAAAAGAAUAUAGAACAUGGGAAAAAAUUAGAACAUGAAUUAUCCCAUUGUUAUGAAGAAAAUCAAAAAUUAAAUGAAGAGAUAAAAAGACGUAAUUCUUUUAUAAAAAAUAAAGAUAGAAAAAUUGAUCUCUUGACAAAUAUUGAAAAUGAGUUAUUAAAAAAAAAAGAAAUAAAUAAUAUUAAAUUAAUGGAGAAGCAAAAUGUAAUAAAAAAUAAUGAACAAUUAUUAAAAGAUAUAAAAGACGAAAAUGAAAAAAUGAAUGAACAUGUAAACAAAUUACAGAAUGAACUAAUAAAAAGGGAGUUACAAAACAAAUGUAUAUCAAAAGAUAUCGAAUUUUGUAAAAAAGAAAAAGAAGAUAAAAUCAAGAAUUUAGAAGAUGAUUUAUUAGAAAAGAAAAAAUGUAUUGAAAAUUUGAAAGAUGAAUUAAUAAAUAUAAAAAAAAAAAUGGAAGAUAAAAUGCACAUGACUAACGAAAUGGAUUUAUUAAGUAACAAAGUUGAAGAAUUAAAUAGAAUUAACAAAACAUAUGAAAAGAACAUAGUCGAAUUGAAUAAUGAACUAGAUGUUAUAAAGAAAAAAUUGAAUGAUGAAGAAUUCUUAAAAGAAGAGGAAAAGAAAAAAAAUAUUGAUAUGGUUUAUAAGAUAAAAGAAUAUGAAAUACAAAUUAAAGAAAAAGAAAAUGAAAUUGAUUCCUUAAAAAAAAAUGAACAAAAUUUACAUGUAUUAAAAAAUGAAGAAUUAAAUGAAAAAGAAAUCAUAUUGAAGAAUAAAUAUGAUAAAGAAAUAAAUAUGAUAAUCGAACAAUAUAACAAAAAGAUACAAGAAGAAAAGGAUAUGCUAAAUAAUAAAAUAAAAAGUAUGGAUCAGACACAUAAAAAUCAAAUUGAAGAAAUGCAAGAAGAAAAUAAAAAGGAACUUAAGAGACUGAAAAAUGUAUGUGAUAUGAAUCUACAGUCACAAAUUUUAAUAAAGGAAAAUGAAAAGCACAUGCAAGAAAAAGUGGAGGAAUAUAAAAAUUUAUUAAAACAGAAAGAUCAAGAACUUAAAAAUAUUAUACAAGAAUAUGAUGAAAGAAUAGAAAUUCAAAAUAAGGAAAUGGAAGAUAUCGUAAAUGAUUGUGAAGAAAAGUUGAAGCAAGCUAAAAUAAAUAAUAAAAAAUUAACCACCGCAACGAAUAUGGCAAAUAAUAAUAAUAUGCUCAUGGAUGAAAAUUUAAAAGAAAAAGAUAAAAAAAUAAACGAUUUGAUGAAAGAUAUGGAAAAGAAAAAAGAGGAAAUAAAUAAGCUCGUGGAAGAAAAAAGUAAAUUGGAACAUUCACAUGUGAAAAUUCAAAAUGAAAUGUCUUUGUUAGUAGAGCAAAAUGAAAAGUUGAAGGAAGAAAUGGGCCUAUCAAGGAUUGCUAUAAAAGAUAUGGAAGAAAUAAAAAAGGAUAUGGAAAAAUACGAGGAGGAAAAGAAAAAAAAUGAGGAAGAAAGGAAAAAAAAUGAGGAAGAAAGGAAAAAAAAUGAGGAAGAAAGGAAAAAAAAUGAAGAAGAAAAGAAAAAAAAUGAGGAAGAAAGGAAAAAAAAUGAAGAAGAAAAGAAAAAGUUAGAAAAGGACAAACAUCAAUUUGAAGAAGAAAAAGAAAGAAUGGAAAUUUAUGAACAUCAAAAAGAGGAUAGGAAAAGAAAAGACAAAAAGAAGAAAGGACAUUCAAGUGAUAAAGAAGAAAAAUAUAAUAAGAAAGAAAAGACAAAAGAAAAAUCAUCAAAUAUAUUAUUUGAUGAAGAGUAUAUAAUACAAUUAGAAGAAUUACGUGACACAGGAGAAAAUUGUUUUAUAUAUUUAAAAUCACUAAGUAAAGAGUUGGAUGUUAUUAUAAACAAGCUGAAAUCAAAGGAUGAUGCCUUAUUAAAUGAUGCUUUUAAUAAAAUAAACUUGGCUAUAACAUCUUGGAAUAUAUUUAAUGAGGAAAACAAAGAAGGAGAUAAUAUAACAACAGUGGAAAAUACAGCAACGGAGGGAAAUAUAACAAUAGAUGAGAAUACGACAGAGGUAGAAAUGAAUAAUGAAGAAGUAUAUAAAAUUUUUAGUGUUGAAAAGUAUGAUAUGCUCAAAAAAGAGGUUGGUGAAAAGGUUGAAUGUAUACAAAAAUUAAUUGGUUAA